GAGUCGCCACUCUAGGCGGAGACUCGAUGGUCAGCCAGCCCGGCGCCCAGCCGGGGAUCCGCGGAUCUCUAUGGUGGGGGAGCCGGGGCAGAGCGCCGUGCUCCGUGCCCGGCGGCGCUCUAGGCCGCCUCUCGAUGGUGCGGGCGGUUGCUAGGCGGUGCGGGGCCUAGGCCGCGGCGGGUCGGCGCCGCCAUGGCCGCGGCGGGCCCGGCGGAGGGGCCGUGCGUGUUGUGCUGCGGGGAGCUGGAGGUGGUGGCGCUGGGCCGCUGCGACCAUCCCAUCUGCUACCGGUGCUCGGUGCGGAUGCGGGCGCUGUGCGGCGUGCGGUACUGCGCGGUGUGCCGGGAGGAGCUGGGCCAGGUUGUCUUCGGGCGGAAGCUUACGUCCUUCUCAACAAUAGCACUUAACCAGUUGCAGCAUGAGAAGAAAUACGACAUUUAUUUUAUGGAUGGAGAUGUUUAUGCACUGUACAGGAAGCUGCUGCAGCAUGAAUGCUCUUUGUGUCCAGAUGUGAAGCCUUUCAACACCUUUGCAGAUCUGGAACAGCACAUGAGGAAGCAGCAUGAACUCUUCUGUUGCAAACUCUGUGUUAAACACUUAAAGAUUUUUACUUACGAACGGAAAUGGUAUUCUCGUAAGGACCUUGCCCGUCAUCGAAUCCAUGGAGAUCCAGAUGACACCUCUCAUCGUGGGCAUCCCCUGUGUAAAUUUUGCGACGAGCGUUACUUGGAUAACGAUGAGUUACUGAAACACCUAAGGCGAGAUCAUUAUUUCUGUCAUUUCUGUGACUCUGAUGGCGCUCAGGAAUACUACAGUGAUUACGAGUACCUUCGUGAGCACUUCCGUGAAAAGCACUUCCUUUGUGAAGAGGGACGGUGCAGCACGGAACAGUUUACUCACGCUUUCCGCACAGAAAUAGAUUACAAAGCGCACAAAACAGCCUGCCACAGCAAGAGCAGGGCAGAGGCCAGGCAGAACCGGCAGAUAGACCUUCAGUUUAACUAUGCUCCUAGGCACCAGAGGAGGAACGAGGGUGUUAUAGGUGGAGAGGACUAUGAAGAAGUUGACAGGUAUAACAGGCAAGGGAGGUCGGGCAGAUUGGGCAGCCGAGGAAGUCAGCAAAACAGAAGAGGCAGCUGGAGGUAUAAGAGGGAAGAAGAAGACAGAGAUGUUGCAGCAGCAGUCAGGGCGUCUGUAGCAGCUAAACGGCAAGAAGAGAAAAAACGGGUGGAAGACAAAGAGGACAGCAGCAGUAGAGGUAAAAAGGAAGACUUGAGGGAUUCUGAAGUGCUCAGCUCCAAACGUCUGCCAAAGUCGACAAAUGAUGCUACAGAAGCAGCUGCUAAUGGUGCUUUAAGCCAAGAUGACUUUCCAGCAAUUGGUUCGGCAGCGGGACCUCUACAAGGCUCUGCCCAGCUAGCAGCGGUUAAGCUUAAAGAAGAAGAUUUCCCAAGCUUGUCAUCCUCUGCAGCACCCACCAUCUCUUCUGGGAUGCCUUUGACAUACACAGCGACUGCAAAGAAAGCAGCUUUUCAGGAGGAGGAUUUUCCGGCUCUGGUGUCCAAAAUGAGGCCUAACAAUAAAACGGUAACAAACAUCACAUCUGCGUGGAACAACGGUUCCAGUAAAAAUGUGGUUAAAGCCAUCAGCAACCCUUGUGUAAACCAGAUAGCCAAAAAACCAUCCUCCUUGAAUAGCACUAAGGGAAGUAAGAAGAGCAAUAAACUCUCUCUGUCAGACGAUGAAGACAGUGGUAGUGGCUUGACGACCCAGGAGAUCAGAAACACCCCAACGAUGUUUGAUGUAUCGUCCUUGCUGGCAGCUUCUACCUCACAGACUUUCACAAAAGUGAGCAAGAAAAAGAAGGUGGGGGUUGAGAAGCAGAGACCGUCGUCCCCGCACCCGUCACAGGAGACAUCCUUUCCCAGGGCAUCGGCCGAAAAGCUGCCGGAAGCAGAGCAGACACCAAAUGCACCCUCCGCUCUUCACGCCGCUGACAGAUCCGCAGCGGUCAUGAAUGGUCAUCUGGAAAAAUCAUUAGCCAUCUGUAGCACACCCAAAGAGCCCCCUGGCCUUAAAAAGCCCACAGUGACUAACAAAUGCCCUUUACCUCAGGAAGACUUCCCAGCUCUUGGGAGCUCAGGAUCGGCUAGAAUGCCCCCGCCACCAGGCUUUAACACUGUGGUGCUAUUAAAGAGUCCUCCUCCGCCUCCGGGACUGUCGGUGCCUGUUAGUAAACCCCCUCCAGGUUUUGCUGUUAUUCCAUCCACCAAUAUCUCUGAACCUGUCACUACGUCUUUGAAAGAGCCAAAAUCCUGUCGCGGAUCGUACUUGAUACCUGAAAACUUUCAGCAAAGGAACAUUCAGCUGAUACAAUCUAUUAAAGAAUUUCUUCAAAGCGAUGAGUCCAAGUUCAAUAAAUUUAAAACUCAUUCUGGGCAGUUCAGACAGGGUCUGAUUUCUGCAGCACAGUACUACAAAAGCUGCCGAGAACUGCUUGGAGAUAACUUCAAGAAAAUUUUUAACGAGUUGUUGGUGUUGUUACCGGACACAGUUAAGCAACAAGAACUGCUUUCUGCUCACAACGAUUUCAGAAUCAAAGAAAAACAAAGCUCCAACAAACCCAAAAAGAACAAAAAGAAUGUUUGGCAGAGGGACUCCAACUCCGACCUCGACUGCUGUAUCUGCCCGACGUGUAAGCAAGUGCUGACUCAGCAGGACGUUGUCACCCAUAAAGCUUUGCAUAUUGAGGACGAGGAGUUCCCUUCCUUACAAGCAAUCAGCAGAAUCAUCAGUUAGCUUUCCCGAAGACCAAUAAACCAGUCUGUCUCUCUCUGAAUCGGCACUUUUUGGAAGGAGGUUUGGCUGUGUAGUGUGGCUGAGAGCCGGUGCCCGUGGAGGAGUCGGGGAGCUGUUGGAGCCCUCGGUGCUGUUCAUAAAUAUUGUGCACGGGGCUCCCGGGACUGCGCCGUAGCUGACGAACAGCCAAAGUCUGAGCUUCCGAAACGCCUGAGUAGAAUUAGGCUGAAGUUGCAGGGGGUGGGGGGGGUGGGGGGGGGGGCGGGCAGGGGCCACCUUUCUCCUGUACCAUGCAAUAGCUGAGAAAAUACUUUCUGAUCUGAAGACUGACAGGGGACACAAUAGGGGAAGAAGCAUCUGGUUUGGGUUUUUUCUUUCUUUUUUCAGGGGGUGGGGGAAGAUACUGAACGGAAGCAAAAGUGGCUUCCCUUAUAAUAUUCUGAUUUUUUUUUUUUUUUUUUUUUGUGCUGUUUCUGUGACCACAAAGAUCACAGUAGUCAGGGGUAUAAAGGUGCAGAAUAGGAAAAGAUGCUACUCACUGGUGAGUAAAACAAUUACAGCUGCGGGUCUGUAAACAUCGGGCUGCUCCUACAGCAAAUUCCUGUCUGAAAGCGGAAUUAAUUCUACUUGAAGAAUUGGACUGAUCAGUGCGAUUAGUUGAACGUGAGAUUUUGAAGUUGCCUCUGACCUUUUAUGUAACAUGUUCUUUAAAGAAACUUAUUUUGUAGCACUGCAUGUAGAAUAGUAACGUUAAGGCUUUACUUUCCGUAAAGCACCCUUCACAGUCCUUUUAUUUAAUGACUGCCAUGUUUCUAAUUUCUUGGAUGUGUUAAUGGUGGGAGCUCUGGCCAACAGCAUACCGGGACAUUAAAUGCUGCUGAUCACUGACCGUGUUUCUCUGCAGUGCCUUUAAGUGCAUUUCUCCGGUUACGGUGGGCUGCACUACCAAGGGUCAUUUGUUCAGACUCUGUGGAGCGUUUGCCACCCGCGCCGGGUGGCGCAGCUUUGCCAAGGCCCCGCUCGCUCCCGCCUCGGCGACGAGGGGGGAAUCUCUUCCUCGUUUGCAGCGACUCCCCCGGCGGAGGGACGGGAGGAAUUCACGGCUGUGAUUCAGCGUCUGAGUCUCUCCCGUCCCGCCCGACCAGGUUUAGUUAUCUUUAACGUGGGGGGAAUAAAGUCGAAAUUAAUUUAUGUAAUUUUUCGUGACAAACCGCUGCUUUUAUAGAAGCAUCAUUUCUACGAGAUAGAGCUCGGAGUGUUGCUGAAGAGCUAGUCCUGGCCACAGAAAGUUUCCCUUUUCUUAGGCUUCUUAUUUUUGCUUGCUGUCAGGCUGCACCGUGCUUUUGUUGUUUUGUUUUUGUUUUUGUUUUUUUUUUUUUUUCUGACUAAUUGAGGCUCUCCCAUCACCUGAGCGUGUUGUAUUCAGCACCGGGCCCAGGCUGCACCCCCUGCACACGGAGCUGGGGCGGGGGGGGAUGAGGGGAGGAUUAUUUGCCCGUCCGGCUCUUUAGAAAACGCAUGAAGACGUGACAAGUAGUGACGCUUGUGUGCUCCUGCUCCGGGGCGGGGUGCGAGGCCGCGCCGCUUCCCCUUUGCUGCCUCCCACCCCCCCGGCUGCUCCUCGCCCGGGCUCUGCUCGGGGACACGGGGCACCCGUUCUCUGCAGGAGUCUCUUACGUCUUCCCUCGACUCUCCGUUUCUUCUGGGUUAGCAGACACGUGGUUCCCACCGGGCGGGUGCCGCUCUAAAGUUUCCUCGAGGCGACCGAUCUCUCUGGCCUGACGAGUGCAGUUUCCUUGUUCCUCGUGCUCACCUGAUUCAAUAAAGUAUUACCAAAUUUU